GCGUGAUGACACGUGAAACUUUAGCGAGGAGUUGGUUGGUAUGUUUGCUGUGUGCUGUCAGCCAAUGUAAUGGGGGAAAACGAAGCGUCUUGAAGAAACUGCAGAGGAAGCUGGACUCAACUACGCUGCAAUGAACAACACCGCGAAGUGACGGAAUUAAAAAGACACGAGUUAAUCGCUUUGCUUCGGCUCAAUUUAACUUUAAUCCAACGCAGUGGCCACUGGAGAAGUUGCUGCGCAGCGCAAUGGCUGCCCAGUGCGACACUUUAAGCGGAUACUUGCAGCAGUCGGACCAGGGCUCCAACAGCGAGCGCAGCACCGACUCUCCUCUCCCGGGAUCAGAGGAGGACCUGAGUGGACCCCAUCCUCUACCAGACCCGGAGUGGACGGAGGAGAGGUUUCGGGUGGACCGUAAGAAGCUGGAAGUCAUGUUAUUAGCUGCCUCUGAGGGGAGAGUCAACGGUGGGGAGGAUUUCUUUCAGAAGAUCAUGGAUGAGACCCAAACGCAGAUAGCCUGGCCGUCCAAACUGAAAAUUGGAGCCAAGUCUAAAAAAGACCCACACAUCAAGGUGUGCGGGAAGAGGGAGAAUGUGAGGGAAGCCAAAGACAGAAUAAUGUCUGUUCUGGACACAAAGAGCAACAGGGUAACUCUGAAGAUGGACGUCUCCCACACAGAGCACUCCCACGUUAUCGGUAAAGGUGGCAACAACAUCAAGAGGGUGAUGGAGGAGACGGGUUGCCACAUCCAUUUCCCAGACUCCAACAGGAACAACCAGGCAGAGAAAAGCAACCAGGUGUCCAUUGCUGGGCAGCCAGGAGGGGUGGAGGCAGCAAGAGUAAAAAUAAGGGAGCUGCUCCCCCUCGUGCUGUCUUUCGAGCUUCCAGCCAUCGUGCAGUCCGACCCGAGCUCCCCCACGGUGCAGCACAUCUCACAGACCUACAACCUCACAGUCUCCUUCAAGCCCCCGACUCGCCUCUAUAGAGCCACCGGCGUGGUUCGCGGCUCACAGAAUAAUGCCAACGCAGUCAAGAGAGGCACUGCCCUUCUCUUAGAGCACCUGGCCGGCAGCUUGGCGAGCACCAUCUCCGUCACCACCCAUCUGGACAUCGCACCGCAGCACCACCUCUUCAUGAAGGGUCGCAAUGGCAGCAAUAUCAAGCACAUUACCCAGAGAACAGGAGCCCAGAUCCACUUCCCAGAUCCCAACAGCCCCCAGAAGAAAUCCACAGUCUACAUUCAGGGCACCAUUGAAUCCGUUUGCCUGGCACGGCAGUACCUCAUGGGCUGCUUGCCUUUGGUCUUAAUGUUUGACAUUAAAGAGGACGUUGAGGUGGAGCCCCAAUGUAUCACGGCGCUAAUGGAGCAGCUGGACGUCUUCAUCAGCAUCAAACCAAAGCCCAAACAGCCCAGCAAGUCUGUGAUAGUCAAGAGCGUGGAGAGGAAUGCAGUGAACAUGUACGAAGCCCGGAAGUUCCUCUUGGGUCUGGAGAGCAACGGGGUGUCGUCCUCCUCUUCCUCACCCUCUGUGGCGUUGAAUCCCACUACCAAUGGCCCGUCCCCGUCCCUCAUCUGCCCCGUUGGCCUGGACAUCCUGGCCUCAGCUGGCCUGGGGCUGAGCAAUCUGGGUUUCCUGGGUGCAGCGGCAGCCCACUCCCUCACAAACUCUGCCGUCCCAAACGCCGUCCUCAACAGCUUAAAUUCAUCCAUGAGCCCCCUGCAGACCCCGAGCCCCAGCACCCCCACACCCUCCCUGUGGCCUAGUUCACUCACCAGCACCCAAGGCUUCUCCUCUCAGCUCAUGCUGCACCCUGCGACCCAGGCCACCCUGAGCAGCAUCCUGCAGGGUUACACACAGAGUACUCCAUCCCCUCCCCCAGGCCUCGCUCCCAUCGACAAGCAAGCCAACGGGGUCCCUGAAUGCGCUAAGGGCCCCUGCACUCUUAACGGACAUGUCAAGCAUCCUGGCUCAGUCUACGGAAGGAUAGCAACAGCGUCACUUGCUGAAACUGUUUUGAGUCCAGCACCUUGUGACUCGGUCCAGGAAGCCAGCGGACACAAUCCAUCAGAACCGCUGUCCAGCAAGUCCAGCCAGGAUGAAGGCUCUGACACAUUCGUGGAAGUGGGCAUGCCCAGAAGCCCCUCACACUCAGCCAAUGGGAGCGAGCUGAAACAGAUGCUGGCUUCGUGCAAGACGUCGUCAGGGAAACGGCAGGCUGUGGAGCUCCUGCAGGGCACCAAGAACUCCCAUCUACACUCCGACUGUCUCCUCUCGGACGCCGAAUCCAGCUCGUCAGACAGCCCUGUGGCGGAUAAGAGGGCACCAGGGAGCGAGAGGGCGGCUGAAAGGGCGGCACAGCAGAACGAGAGGGAGAGGAUCAGACUGGCUCCACAGGCAUCCUUUGCCAACAUGCAGGCAUUUGACUAUGAACAGAAAAAGCUGUUGGCAACAAAAGCUAUGUUAAAGAAGCCCGUGGUGACAGAGGUGCGGACUCCAACCAACACAUGGAGUGGUCUGGGCUUCUCAAAGUCCAUGCCAGCUGAGACCAUCAAGGAGCUGAGGAGAGCCAAUCAUGUUCCAUACAAGCCCAGCAUGAGCACCACCUACGAGGGCUCCCCGCUGUCUUUGUCUCGAUCCAGCAGCAGGGAAGGCAUCGGGAACGGCAGUGACUCCGACAACUGGCGAGAGAGGAAUGGUAACGGCCUGCCGAGUCACGCCGAGUUUCCCUCCGCUGUCAGCAGCCCGAAGAGGAAGCAGAACAAAUCUGCUGCAGAGCAUUACCUCAGCAGCAGUAACUACAUGGACUGCAUCUCUUCGGUAACUGGCAGCAACGGCUGCAGCCUGAACUCGUCUCUGAAGGGCUCGGACCUGCCUGAGCUGUUCAGCAAGCUGGGCCUGGGGAAAUACACGGACGUCUUCCAGCAACAAGAGAUUGAUCUACAGACAUUCCUGACUCUAACAGACCAGGACCUGAAGGAACUGGGCAUCACCACCUUUGGGGCCCGCAGGAAAAUGCUGCUUGCCAUCUCAGAACUAAACAAGAACCGGAGGAAGCUAUUUGAGCCACCCAUCAGGUCCUCUUUUCUGGAAGGUGGAGCAAGUGGACGCCUCUCCCGUCAGUUUCACGCAGACAUGGCGAGCAUCAGCGGGAGAUGCCAUUGUUCCAGUGUGGGAGAGGUACAGUUCUGCACAAAGAAUCCAGAGAAGGAUUUGUGUAUAAACAUCGCCAUGAGGCCAAAGCUCUGUUCAUUGUGGCAUCAGUUGAUGCUUUUGUUAUUCUGACUGUAUUGUAGUACAGAUGUAAACAGGACAUUUUGGAGAAACUGUCAAGCAGGCAAAAAAAUGUUUGUUCAAACAUUCAAAUGAUAUUAUGAUGGUAAUAAAUGUAUGCAAACAAA